AUGAACGCCCGUGUCUGGAGAGUAUACCUCGACGAAGCGGAGAUAUACGAUCGCGAGAUGGUCGAUGAAUGGAAAGACACAGUAGACACCCUUCUUGUCUUCGCCGGUCUCUUUUCCGCCGUCGUGACGACCUUUGUGGCUCAGACGUCUCAGUCUUUACAGGUCGAUUAUACGCAGACGACUGCCUCGCUUCUCACCGAGUUAGUAGCACUGCAGCGCGCUGCUGCUCAAGGCCUGUCUCCGAGCGUUGUUCCUGCGUCCGCGUUAAAUGCUUCUACCCAGUCCGCUCCGGCUAGUGCCAUCGAUCGAGCCGUGAACGGAUUCUGGUUCACAAGUCUCGCCCUCAGCCUAUCUACAGCACUUUUCUGCAUCUUGGUGAAGCAAUGGGCACAA